AUGAAAUAUCGGGUUUUGGAAGGGGUGGGAAGAGGUAAUGAUCAUCUGAACCGUGGGAAUUUCUCACGUGAACUGCGCUCAGGUGCUCAGGGAACACACAGAAGUCAUGCGUCCAUUUUUAUUGUUCUGCUGACAAUAGAUGACAACUCUUUUCUCCUGCAGCAGAAGCACAGGCAGAUCUGUUUCUGGGAAAAACAACCCUCAGGCUGUUCGAGGAUCAGUUGUGCCUUCCAGCACAGCAAGCCUCGAAAUAUAAAUGGACUGUUCCUGCCACCUGAUAACAAUGUGCCGUUGCAACAGGGUGGCCAAGAAAGGACUCUGCAUCCAGCACAUCUUCAAGAAUCACUCAGAAACCAAGAGAAUAUUUCCCUACCAGUUCAUGCUCCACUGAUUAUAAGGCUCAACAAUGCUGAAGAUGAACAGGACGAUGAAGAGGAUGAUGACAAAGAGAACUAUGUUUCUAAUUGGGUGCCUAAGACUGCUGCAGAAAUUGAAGAGGAAAGAACCAUAAAGGAAAUAUGCUAUAAAACUGGAGAGUAUUACAGGAUCCAGCACCCCCACAAACACCAAUCAACAGAAACUGUGUCUUCACCUCAGGAAAAGGAAAUAUUACUCUUGGAAGCCAUGGAGCGAGACUUACAGAAAGGGGAUGGUAAUACAAUUCCUACAACAUUUAAUAAUACAAAAAGAGGAGAGAGCUGGGAAAGGAGAAUACCAACAGAGCGUAUUCCCAGAAGGGAUUAUACUAGUUUGAGGAUUAUACUGCAAAGAUAA